AUGGCAUCUACAAGUAUUAUGAGUGAAAAGGUAAAAAGGUUUGAAUGGCAGCCAACUGAGAGGUUUAUUCAUGGUAUAGUAACUAAACCCUUCCUACCGUUGGACAGACAUCCUCAAUUAUCAGUUAUGGAUAGUCAUUUUCGAAAUAUCUAUACCGGGGAUAACAUCUAUAUCUUCGAACAAACUGCUGAUAGUAAGUGGUGUAGGGCUUAUUUGUUGGUGCAGCCGCUACCUGAAGAUUUUACUGCCAAUAUAAACUAUUUGUCUGAGUCCCUACCGACAGAGGAGAUCCGUAUUGUUGUUUGUCCGACGAAGUUUGUAUACCAAUUAGAUGAAUUGGUCCCUGAAUUUAGCUUUUUGAAGUUACCAGGUACAGAUAGGGUGAAUGCGAAGAGUGACAAUGAGAGUAUCUCGAGAAUGCAUGAGUUGCUUCGCAAUAUAAAUUCCGAGCAGAGUAAAGAGGCUGAGAAGUUUCUAUGCGUGAAGCCGAAGAGACCUCCAUUCCCGGAGUUCAAAUUGCAUGAUAAGAGCCUAAUUGACGAGAUCGUUGCAAUGCAAUCGCAACUUUGCAGUCAUAUUUUUGCUGCGUAUGCUGUUGGUGAAUUCGAGCUCUUUGAGUGGCUGAAAACAGCCUAUUACCAACUUGACGAUAUACGAUGCAAACUGUUUUUCAACAUAUCAACAACAGAAGAAUCACAAAGGUUGAUCAAUGAUGCCAUUGGUUUAACUUCCGGUAUAUCGAGGUUUCUAUCUGGAAAAGAUCAGGUACAUCGAUUUCGCGAUAGUCGUUCUGUUAAUGCUGACCCUUCGGGCUAUAACUGCAUUUUGUUACGAGACAGUAAAACUGGUAAGCUCCCAUCAUAUGAAGAAGUGUCGCCUCAUGAAUUUGCCGUUGAAACUAUGAUACUCGCUGUAUCACCGAAUUUUAUGCGCACAAAUUCAAAGGCCUUUCGAGUUUCUAUGGAUCAGAAUCAUGUUCUUGAUCAUGUUGAGCCAGCUCAGGUAUUAAUUGACUUUACAGAAGUCGUGGGAGCACCGGAAUACAAAGAAAAGUUUGAAAACCUGUCAGUAUAUAUUUACUUACGAACUGCGAAGAGGAGAUUAACCGAACCUUUUGUAGUUCAAGUAAAUUCCGCUAACAUUGUAUCGUUGGAUAGCAUAUCCGCUGCUUUAUUUAAUAACAUUCCAUCCACAGAAAUCAAGAAGUCCAAGAUUUACUUAAUUGUUGAAUUAGUCGAAACGUUCAAUGUCGAAGAAACCUCGCAUCCGACUUCAAGCGUUCCUUCCUUAUCAGGGGAAAAUGUUGAUUAUAUACGUCACGGGGUUGUUGCUGGCGCAGCCGAUAUCUCAAGGAUAUUUUCAAGAGAUAGAAACGUAAAAGAAAUUGGAUCAUCGUUCCACUAUCGCGUGAAUCUAUAUCGAUCGUAUUUCAAGGCUAAACGCUCAACCAGCCCCCCGGGUAGUAAUGAAUUUGCUCCGAGCGGACCCUUACCAUCCAGUAAAAAUUCACGUGCUUCGAACAAUGGUUGGGGUGGAUUGGUUGAUCGCAUUAUAGAUGAUUCGGACCAAGGCGUGGCUAUCCACCAGGACGUGCAAUCGAUAACUGUUAAUGUAAAGGAAUUUCGUAGAAACGAUUUGUUGGCGAGCAGUGAUCAAUUAUUAUCUAAUUCAGCGAUUAAGUUGGUUCCACCAUGCUUUUAUGAUCCUAUUACUGCCCCAUUAGAGAGGAUAUAUUUGACUGUUGGUAACGUCAAGCUUUCAAAUAGUUUAGAAGGUCAAGAUAUUCAAACAAUCACAAUUGUGCUAAGCUCGUCGAAUAAAAAGGUAUCUUUUUGGAAUGGGUUUAAUCAGGAACAACCUAAUAGCUGGCAGUUUGUUGAUGUGAAACCUGGUGAGGCGGUUGGAGAAACUGUCCGAAUUGAAGGGGUAUUUGACAUGGAGAGUAAUGAGACAUUAAAGCUGUCAGCGUUUUGCGGGACGUUGAUUGCAAAGGCCAAGUUUUAUAUUAAAAAAGGAAACCAAAUAUUAGAAUACGAGAAACGGUCAACGUUUCAAUUGAUGUCUGCUAACAACGAGCCGUUAAUUGAUGUUGAGCUUCGGACUGAAUACGUGGGAAAAGCCUACAAUAUUGUACGCCCACUGUAUGACCUUAUAGCUCAGCCCAAAGGAGUUAUUCCAACAUGGUCAAACUCUCUUAAUGAAGAGAUGGAGGAUCCUAUAUCUGCGAAAAUCCAGGCCAUCAAUAAUGUGGAUAUACAUCAACUUGUCCAGUAUUUUGAUUUGGUAUUAAUAAAACUCUUGGAAUACAAUUAUGCUAUAUUUGUGGAACAGGGCGAGAAUACUUCAAUGAAUAUGAAAGAAAAAGCGUUCUUUUUCUUGCUACAAUUCUUGUAUAGGCUCAUAAUUCGACAAGAAACCCACAAGCAUUUAAUACACAAAUUCUUUGAGAAGUUCACCGCUCAGGACUCGUCGUUACCGCCGCUUGGAACUGCAUUAAUUGACGCUUUAGCCCAUCAAUUUGUCAAAGCUCAACAAGAAUGCACCCAAGUUUUUAGAGCAGCUUGCCGUACUUAUGUUCUAACGAUUAUGUUGGCUUUAAAAUCCUCACGUGAGAGCGACGUUAGGAUUAAAGCUUCAUUAAUGAGAUUAAUGGAUUCUAUAUUAACCUUUUUUGGGGUCACUGACGAUUCUGCCCUUCUAGACCAGACAACAGUAUUAAACGAUUUCGAUGUUUUCAUAGGAGAGAUAACGGGAUAUUUUACUCCCGAAGAUCUCAUUGGUUACUAUUCAAAACUCAUUAGUGCUUGUCUCGACAGAGAAAAAGCUUUUGAGUUAGGUGUACGUGUAUCAACUUCGAAAGAGCGCAAAUUUAUCAGAACGAAUUUCCUACUUAUGAGGCGCGUACUGGAAAGUCACAAGUUAGGCGAGUACAUUUUUUCUGCCGAUAAUGAAGACAAACAGACGUUUGUGUUCUUAAAUCAGCUCAUUGAAUACAGUGCAAAACCGAUUUUAAACCAACCGCAUUUCGAUCUUACAUCUAUACGGUUGGCGAAUAACAUUUUCGUUACGGUCUUUGAAAAUGCUAAAAACCCAAUCCUACAGAGAAAUCUUAUAAGGUUAAUACCAACUUUGUGCAGGGUGUUUCUUUUGAUGUGCACGCAUUCCAGGGGUACAGAUCAAUUUAAGCCACUUCGAAAGUUUUCAUGUCUAUUUCCUACUCGGUAUCCUUUCCCUGAUGUAACUACCGAUUCCACUAUAAAUGGUGAACUCGUAAUCGAAGUGUUAAUUGAAUUGGCUACUAUACUGUCCUCCGCUACAAAGUUAGUGGAAAAUCGUUACGGACAGAAAGCUUCUUACAUUAAAAUUAUUGAAGAUUGCACAAAUGAUAAUGUAUUCAAUUCUAUGUGCUAUGUUACUAGAUUUACACGUGAAGAUAUAUUAGUUGCCAUCUAUACAACCAAGGUCAUGAUGAGGGGACAGUUUUAUCCUUCAGAGAAGUGGUUAACUCUAAACGCUAUGUUCAUCAGAAGUUCGCUCACACUAUUAGUUAUGUUCAAGGACAUAAUGAUCAACUAUAACAUUCCUCCGUCGAGUUCUUCAGUGGAGUUUGAUUCUGAACUUUGGUCAGAAUAUUUCACUAUACUUUUGAUGCUAGCGAACCAUAAGGUGUCGGAUAUAACAGUGUUAUCAGAACUUCCACGGAAAGCCGUUUAUCUCAUAGCAGGAGAUGUAAGAACAAGAGUUGCCGAAAUCAUAGAACCGUGUUGGGAAGCUUUAAUCACCGCUAAAGGCACUGACUCAUGCGAUCUAAAUGGUCUCGAACAAUCCACUGUUUACCCAAUGGUACUCAUGCGGCAAAAUACUCUUCUCAUAUCUGAAAUGGUAAGAUUUACUUUCCAAAGACAUGCAGAAGCAAGACGGGUUGGUGCAUGGCUUUUAUGGACAUUGUGUAUUCAUAUCUGGAAAACCCACGGAUCACUCACUAUAGCUGGCGAGCAUAUCAUUACAGCGUUAUACAAUGACUACCAAUCUGGAAAGACUGUUCCCACUGCCCAUGGUAUAAAGAGUUUUUUUACCACAAUGCUGCAUACUAUUCAAGAUGACGAGAUGGUCAAUAUUAUGUUAGAAUUUGUUUCUACAACUUGUUCGAUGAUGAGUGUUUUGGCGACUAUGCAAGAUUUGCCAAAUGGUGAGGAAUUUGAUGACUUGCGUACAGCUAAUCAAUUGACCAUUUUUGAGUAUUUGAUGAGAGCAAAUAAACCUGAGUCCUUCCAUACUUUGAUCCAUGACCUUUUCUUGUCCUACGUAAAGAAAAAAGACUAUGUUCAAGCCGCUCUUUCAUUAGAGCUUCUGGCUUCUACUUAUGAAUGGAAUCCUAAUAUUACUUUACCGGAAUGUAAAAAACCACCAUUUCCACAGCAGUCCGCGUUUGAAAGGAAAGAAUACCUGCUAAAGGAAGCUGCUCGCAAUUUCAAAAAAGGAUUGAAAUUAGAGAAGGCUUUAUCAAUUUACAAAGACUUGGCAGAAGUCUACGAAAAGAUCAAUUACGAUCUGAGUAAACUCUCAUUUGUCCACGGGCAAAUUUCUAACCUGUAUACUGAUCUCCAAAACAUUGAUAGACUAGUUCCAUCAUAUUUCAAAAUAUCCUUUGUUGGUAACGGUUUUCCAGAUUCCUUGAAUGGUAAGGUGUUUAUUUAUGAAGGUUUCCCGUUCGAACAUAUCACGUCAAUUUUCAAUCGUUUGAGAAAACUUUACUUGGGUACCCAAUUAAUCAACUCCCAGGAGAAACUGGAAAGUAUGCUCUUAAAACCGCCUCAAGGUAGGUGGCUACAUGUUUCUAGCGUUGAGCCGCAGUUUGAAAUCUCUCAAGAAUACUCAACUAAUGACAAAAAGGGCACCGCCAGUAGUAAAAUUAGAGGCUAUAUUGAAAACAGAGACCUUAGAAGAUUUAGUUCCUCUAGAAGAUUACCAGGAGCGACGUCUGUUUUGGACCUUUGGGUCAAAGAAGUAGUAUACGAAACAGCAUCCACUUUUCCAACGUUGUUAAAACGAUCUGAGGUGUGUAAUGUCAUUGAACGGAACCUGUCCCCCAUAGAGAAUGCCAUUCGUUCUCUUCAUUUGAAAUUGCAAGACCUGGCUGGUCUCGAAAAUAUGUGCUACAAAAUCCUAAGCGAGAAUGGUAACACGCAUGACCUUUUUAAUGAAUUGGCAAGGGCAUUGGCGGGCACAAUUGACGCUCCAGUGAAUGGAGGUAUUACAGAAUACAGGGAAUUCUUUAACGUAGACGAAGAACAGGUUUCAAAGUCACAGCUUGCUACUUUGAGAUCUUUGUUCGAUGAACUAGCCAUCUUAUUGAACAGGUGCCUAGGAUUUUACAAAAAACUCUGUCCACAGUCAAUGGAGCAGUCGUAUGAAGCUUUAUGCGAUCAAUUCGAAGUAAACUACAGUUCCGAAAUCAGCGCCAACAAGAUAUUAACUAGAAACUAUGAUGAUCUAGCUGCCCGUCUCACGGCUAUGAACGCAUCCCAGCAUUCUCUCAGUAGUGUUUUGAAUGGAAGCCAAACUCUUCUUUCAGAUUCUGAACAAUACCCCAGUCCAGAUAGAUAUGGUGAUGAGCGGUUCGCUUCUCCUGAUCCAUACAGUACCUCAGAUGGCUACUCUGGCUUAAAAGACAAGUCACCUCUCAACAGCCUUUAUGGCUCAAAGAGCUCUACACUUCAGCCGUUCUAG